GCACAUUUUCAUCGUCUCCUCUCUACAACCAAAACAAAAACAAAAUGAAAGUCCGUUCAUGGCUCUCCACCACCUGCUCCACCUCCACCUCCACCGCCGCAUCCACCGCCUCUAAACACUUCUACUCCGACACCACUAGCACCUCCGACUCCAGUCCACCCACCUCCUCCUUCUCCUCCAUGUCUAGCCUUCAAAGCAACCUCUCUCUACAAACACUCCCGUCAGUCCCGUCCCUCCAGAAAAUCACGCCGGAAUCUCUUAAUCUCUCAAUAUCAUACAACUCCACCGCUUCCCUGAAACCUAACCCUAAUCUCCAUAUAACUUCUCUGUCACUCCACAACAACCUCCUCUACACCGCCUCCAAUCACAUCAUCAACGUCUACGAUUUCACCACGUGGACACUCAUCCACACGUUCAACGCCAAUGACUCAUCGUCGGGAUCCGUCAAGUCCGUCAGCUUCUGUAACGGGAAGAUAUUCACCGCUCAUCAAGACAGUAAAAUCCGAGUCUGGAAAAUAUCGCCACAUGUCAACAACAAAGAGCAUAGGCUGGUAACCGUUUUACCUACCGUUAACGACCGUCUACGUAAGUUUAUUCUCCCGAAAAACUACGUUAACGUCCGGCGUCAUAAGAAGAUGCUGUGGAUUGAACAUGCUGACGCCGUUACUAGUCUGGCCGUUAAUAAAGGACUUAUUUACUCCGUUUCGUGGGAUAAAAGUUUGAAGAUAUGGAGAGCUUCUGACUUACGGUGUUUAGAGAGUGUUAAAGCGCAUGACGAUGCUAUUAACGCCGUUACGGUGUCGCCGGACGGAACUGUGUAUACCGGGUCAGCGGAUUGUAAGAUUCGGGUUUGGGCUAAACCGGUGAAUGAAAAGAAGCAUAUGUUAGUAGCGACGCUAGAGAAACAUAAAUCAGCUGUUAAUGCUUUGGCUUUAAACGACGACGGAUCAGUAUUAUUUUCCGGUGCGUGUGACCGUUCGAUUUUGGUUUGGGAGAGAGAAGACAGUGCUAAUCAUAUGGCUGUGAUUGGUGCUUUGAGAGGCCACGGUAGGGCCAUUUUGAGUUUGGUGAACGUCCGUGAUCUGUUGUUGAGUGGGUCAGCUGAUCGGACGGUGAGGAUUUGGCAACGAGGACAUGAUGGGAAAUAUUGCUGCUUGUCUGUUUUGGAAGGGCAUAAUAAACCGGUGAAGUCUUUAGCAGCGGUUUGGGAAAAUGGUGGCGACGAUGGAAACAACGGCGUCGUUUCAGUGUUUAGUGGAAGUUUAGACGGUGAAAUUAAGGCAUGGAAGGUGUCGGUUUUUAGACAUUGCAGUCCUGUUUCUCCAUAUCAAACACUUAAAAUUAAUUAAAUUAAAAUAGAUUAAGCUCUCUAAAUUUUUGGAUUUAAUUGGAUUUUUUGUAUAUAAUUUAUGAGUGUUCAGUAGUUCAUACUAUUUUUUUGAAUUACACUUCUUGAUUGUUUUGAUUUUUAGGGUAUUUGGGGAAUUUAAUGUAAGAGGUUUUUAAUUGAUUAAUGUUAGAUCUUGACGGUUGAUAAUUUGGAUAA